AGCCCAUAAAAGUUCACAGCUUUGCUCAUUUGCUCACAAACAUUAGGAUGGUUGUUAAAAUCACUCUUUUGGUGUGCCUGGCGUACACAGUCGCUGGAAAACAUGACAAGGGACUCAAUUUCCCGCCCCUUGGAUGGCCUACGACGUACAGUCUGGAAGCAAUGAAACGGUUCAUGUCGACAGGCUUUAUGUCACAUAUGAAAUACUGGCGAUCAGUAGACUUGUACUCCAGACUUGAUGUCAACGACGAUAUAACAAGAAUUUUUAUUGGACAUCGUUUCGGUACAAGAUACGAGAUCUAUUAUAAGAGAAACAGCACUAAGUGUUCCAAACAGAUUGGAACUCAUUAUAAACCACUUAAAAUUUAUAGAUGGUUGCCAUCGUUUAAUGACUUCGAAGCAAACGGUUACGAAACUAUAAAAGGCGUGCGUUGUGUGAGGUUCAUUGAAAAAACCAGGAAUUUGGAUAAAAAUAUUCUAUGGGCCUACAGUAACAACGCUAGCAGGAUUUGGAUUCCUGUCAGAUACAAAAGGCGUUCGAAUGAAACUACAUUUGGGAGUCUCAAUGAUCACGUGAUCUACGACUAUUUUAACUUUAAAACCGUCGUUGAAAGAAGCGUGUUCAAUUUAUACAAAAAGUACGCAUUCAAUGUCACAGGCGAUUGGACACAGGCUAAUGAGGACACUGAAAGCGAUACAAUGGAGCCAAUGAGUGAAAAUAUUGAGACUAUGGAACAUACUGAUAAGAAAUUUUCGACGUUAGAAACGAAUCCUGCCCCCAAUAAUAUCAACACAGGCGAAGAUAAAUCAAGAUCCACUGGCAAUGUACACCGUCCUUAUUUUCUGGAGAAAAUUAAGAAGCGAACCAGUAUUGAACAACCUGUUCCAAUCAAAAACGGAGGACUCCCGGCCUCUUUAGAAUGGCCUACCAAAUAUAGCAUAGAAGCAACAAAACUGUACUUGACAUCGGGAUGGACUGAGCAUUUAAAAUAUUGGCGGCUCAAAUAUCUGUCUAGACUCGACGCUAACAAUGGCGCAGUUACAAAAAUAAGAAUUCCAGUAGUAAAGGAGGAUUACAAAAUCGAUUUCGAGAUUCACCCUGAAACCACUGAAGAGGAGACGAACGAGAAGGUUUGUUAUCAAGUCAAGGAUUCAUACCCUGGGGACGAACUGGAAGAACCUAUAUAUUUCCUGCCGACUACGGAUAACUUGGAAGAAGUUGGAAACGAAAAUGUGAAGGGCGUGGAUUGUGUGAAGUUUGCUGGAAGCUAUGAGCAAAGUGAUGAAAGGGAGGUGACAAAUGAGGAAUUGUGGGCUUACUAUAACCAUUCUGCGGAAGCUUGGGUUCCAGUGAGGUACGAAACACGUACGAGCGACUCUCUCCAUGGCUAUCUCAAGGACCAUAAAAUUAUCGAUUAUUUUAACUUUUCUUCUGAAGUUAAUAAAAAAGUAUUUAAACUUUACAAAAAGUAUACAUGCAAAAAAGUUGGUUACGACGAUGAUGAUGAUGAAAAGAAAGUACCAACUUCCAAUCAUAUUGAAUCGAUGACAGCAAAAGAAAGAAAGGAACUGGAUGAAGCAUUUGCUGAAUAUAAGCAGAAAUUUAAUAAACAGUACUCUCACCAGGCAGAACACGAAAUGAGGAAAGCAAUAUUUCACGAAAAAUGGAGAUUGGUGAAGGAGACAAACAGCAAAAAAUUAAGCUACACACUAGCUUUGAACAAAAUGUCUGAUCGUACGAAAAAGGAAAUGAAACGAUUCAAAGGAUUACGCAGAGAUAAACCAAGAUCAGUUGGCACCAUACGAUUCCCAUAUUCUCACGAGGAGAUUAAAAAAAUAUCGGAAACGUUGCCAACGCACUAUGACUUAAGGCUUGAAGGAGUCGUUGGUCCGGUUCUAGAUCAAGAUAGUUGCGGCUCAUGUUGGACAUUUGGCACGACGGCGGCCGUCGAAGGAGCCUUGGCUAGAAGCAAAGGUGGCAUGCUGAUAUCGCUUAGUAAUCAGGCACUAUUGGACUGUUCUUGGGGAAUGGGUAAUUCUGGCUGUGACGGCGGAGACGAUAUUUCCGCUUACAAAUGGAUAAUGAAACAUGGCUUGCCUACAGUAGCGGACUAUGGGCCAUAUAGAAAUCAGGAUGGAUAUUGUAACAUCGGAAAUAUGACGACCACUUACAAAAUUCGCGGUUGGACGGAUGUCACACCAUUAAGUGAACAAGCUUUGAAGAUUGCACUUAUAAAUCACGGACCUUUAUCAGUUUCCAUUGACGCUGAAGAUGCUUUUACUCAUUACGACGGAGGAAUUUUAUACGACACUAAAUGCAAAUCCUCAAAAGACGAUAUGAACCACGAGGUGACCUUAGUUGGUUAUGGCGAGAAAGACGGUGAAUCCUACUGGAUCAUCAGAAACUCAUACGGACCGUACUGGGGCAUCGACGGAUAUGUCCACAUUUCAAUGCGGGACAACAAUUGUGGCGUUAUGACAGAACCCACAUAUGUUGUUGUUGAAUAAACCAUUAUGCAGAGAGAUUGGAUCAGACUUGUGGGUAUUAAAAAGUUUACUAAAUAGAUUUUUUUUUGUGGUGAUGUUGGUAUUUCUAAGGUUACUGAAAUGUCCUUAAAUUCCUAAGAACGGGACGUAUACUUUACAACUUAAACGUAAAAUGUCGAUUGACGUCUCUGUAUUAAGUGUUAACAAAAAAAACAUUCAAUUACCAUCAAAAUGUAUCACUAUGAACUACGAGUAUAAAUACACACAGUGCGGAAAGAUUAUUCUGUAUAUAAGAGUCUGAUUCAAUAUAUUACGUUUAGAUAUAGCUAUAGUUUAUUAAGGCAGUUGAUUUUAAAACGGCCAUUAUUUAAAUUGUAAAUAUUUGCACGUGGAAAUUAACUAACAAUUUAAUUAUAUAUGUGUGAUUUAUUUUAA